AUGAACUCGUCGCAGGUGGUGGAGAACACAACUCAAAUCAUCAAUACUUCGCACGAGGCUACUUAUACUAUCACACAAGUCGUCCUCAUCGGCACUGUAGCGGCUCUCCUGUCAUUGACAACCGUCGUUGGUAAUAUCAUGGUAAUGAUAUCUUUCAAAAUCGACAAGCAACUACAAACAAUAAGCAACUAUUUUCUAUUCUCCUUGGCCGUGGCCGAUUUUGCUAUAGGACUCAUUUCCAUGCCUCUCUUCACGAUAUACACGCUGCUGGGAUACUGGCCGCUGGGUCCUAUCGUUUGCGACACCUGGUUAGCGCUGGACUAUCUGGCGAGUAACGCCUCCGUUUUGAACCUGCUCAUCAUCAGUUUCGACAGGUACUUUUCGGUAACGAGGCCGUUAACGUAUAGGGCGAGGAGGACGACCAAUAGAGCCGCUGUUAUGAUUGCAUGCGCUUGGGGCAUUAGUCUUCUUCUUUGGCCACCUUGGAUCUACAGUUGGCCAUAUAUCGAAGGUCAACGCACAGUUCCAAAUGACGAAUGUUAUAUACAAUUCAUCGAAACAAAUCACUACAUCACAUUCGGUACGGCCAUCGCCGCCUUUUAUGUUCCAGUCACAGUUAUGUGCAUACUCUACUGGCGAAUAUGGAGAGAAACAGAAAAAAGACAGAAAGACCUGCCCAAUCUACAGGCCGGGAAAAAAGACAGCAGUAAAAGGAGUAACUCCAGCGAUGAACACAACACCACCUGCUCUCGGAUCGACACAGAGGACUGGAGGAGGCCAAGGUCCGAAUCAUCUACAGGGGCAGAUACAGAUUCCGUGUACAUGAAUAGCAAUAUCUGCGUGGAUCAUCAUAAAAGAAGACCGGUGAAGGGAGGCUGGCUAUCGAGUAUCUGGCGAAUUCGAGCUUGGUGCAUAGCAUGGUGGUACUCCGGACGGGAAGACAGUGAUACGGAGGAGGAGAGUCCCAGUGAACAGGGUCAGGGCUGCAUCACACCUGUGUCCUUUGACACUCCGCUGCAGAGUUCUGUCUCCCGGUGUACUUCGCUCAACGUGAUCAAAGACCCAUACGUAAGCCUCUCAUCACAACGGGAUCACUCCUUUCUGCAAACCAAUGUGACGCCUACACGUAUGACACCAAGAGACUCCAGAGGUCUUUCUGUGGGAGACCGCCUCACGAAAAGGUCGCUUUCCAACGACAGUAUCUACACUAUUUUGAUCCGGCUACCUGAAGAAUCGGGGACCGACAACAAAGAGAGGCCAUCUAUUAAGAUGAUUCCUGAGGUGAUUUCAAACCGAAGUCAACCCGAUGGUGAAUCCUACUCCAACGUCAAUCAAGUCAACCACAUCAAUCGACGACCAUCCACCAUGCCGGAUAUUCGCAUCCCUCUCAACGCAAAAAUCAUCCCCAAACAGUUGGCCGGCAGAACAUUGCUAGCUAAUGCUACCAAGAAUCAAGGGAAGAAAAAGAAGAAAACUCAGGAGAAGAAGGCCGACAGGAAAGCGGCCAAGACCCUGUCGGCCAUCCUGCUAACCUUCAUCAUCACCUGGACUCCUUACAACAUCCUGGUCCUGCUGAAACCCGUGGCGGCGACGAGCACUCGUCUUCCUCCUCAAGUUUGGGAUUUUUUCUAUUACCUGUGCUACAUAAACUCGACGAUAAAUCCAGUGUGCUACGCUCUGUGCAACGCAAGUUUUCGAAGAACAUAUCUGAGGAUUCUCCAGUGCAAAUGGCACAACAGGAAUCGAGCAGCGAUGAAUAGGGGGUUUUAUAAUUAA